AUGUCUGAUCAGGACCUUCCUGAAGAUAUUGCAAGACUGUUGGCUGAGGUGCCGCAACUUACGUCAUCAUCAUCGGUGGUGUUAAGAAUUGUCUAAUUACCUUCUUUUGCUAGGAUUUCGAAAGCGAGUCCAGCGACUCCGGUGAAACCUUGUCUGGAGGUAUUUCACCACCAUCAAACGCUGGUGAGUAUUCACCUACAUGCGAUAUUCUUUCUAGAGACUAGACACCGGCGUCGUAAGCGGUGGCGCGGCCGUCAAACUUCUCGCAAGAGAAAUACCUCAUUUAAAGCAUGCCUCCGAUGGAUAAUGUCGUGCCUUUGUCAACUACUGCGCAUCACCUAUGAAAUGAAGUCGCAGCUUAUUGUGAUUGAACAAAGCCUCGAUGCUCUGCAGUCGGCCCGCUCGAGUUCCUCUCCCGUGCCUACUGGGGCCGUUGAUGGUUAGUCACCGACAAUACUUUGUUUGAGCGUUAUUCACAUUUUUCAUUUUAAUUAACUUAUUUAAUUUAUACUGAAUGCAAACUGCGUGUACUACUUACUCUGACAUUGACUAUUUUCCUGCAAUAUUUCAGACGGAAGGAACGGACUACCUGAAAACGGGGAACCCAGCUCUCCCACACAGCCAUAA